AUGAGUUUUUCUACGUCGAAGGAACCAUUUAAGACGAAAACAAUAAGCCAGUGUGUGAAUUGUCAGGAAUAUGGCCACACAAGAUCGUACUGUGGUUAUUCGUCACGCUGUGUUCGUUGUAACGCUUUCCAUCCAUCAUCUGAUUGUCCAAACUCUCCUGGUACUCCGCCGAAAUGCGCGCUUUGUCAAGGAACUCAUCCGGCCAGCUACAAGGGCUGUUCAAUAUACAAGGACCUCCAACGUCGUAAGAAACCCACAAGUAACUUUCCAUUUGAUAAUGUUAGAGAUAAGUCACGCGUUGUUCAAGAUAGCCACCCUCCAAAUCGUACACAUACCCAUGAAACCACAUAUGCGCAGGCCACUUCAGGCCAAAAUGAUAACCGCCCCUCUCCCCCUGCAGCUCCCGACGUUAACAACUUAAUGUCCAGCUUUCUGCAAGAAUUCAAAGCUUUAAUUAACCCUCUAACAGCUUUUCUUACCAAAGUAAUAUCCUCUCUUCUUGAUAAAAAGAAUGACUAACAACACUUUCACAAACCAAUCUCUCACAAUACUUUUUUUCAACGCUAACGGUUUAAAAAAAUCAUGUAAAUGAGCUCCAAUUCGUGCUUCACAAUAAAUGUAUUGACA